AUGCUUACACUUACAACUAUUCCUACUGAUGUAUUAGCUGAAACUAUUAAUGCAAUUGGUGAUGUUAUUCGUGGUAAUGCUAAAAAUCAGCAAUAUCUUGAUUUUGUAAUGAAUGGAAGUGCUGUAAUUCAACAUCUGUUAUAUACAAUGGUUGCUGGUGAAAAACAAUCAUUUCUACUUCGAAUAUCAAUACUCUAUUGUUUACAAUGUUAUUUAUAUAAAAAUGAUAUUGGAAAAUCAAUGAUUGUUCAAACAUUUUCAUCUCAAACAGAGAAUGCUGCCAAUCAAUAUACUUUAACUCAUUUAUUAAUAAUUGGAUAUUUAAGUAAAGAUAUUGUUGCAUCAUGGUGUUCUGGUAUUAUACUUGCACAUGUAAUUGCUGAUAAUCAACAAUUUAAAGAAGCAAUACUUGAAGUUAACUUCGCAAUUGAUCAAGUCCAAACAAGUGCUAAAACAUUAAUGGAAAUAUCAAUUGAUUUAUUACAAAAUUCUUCAUCUUCGUUUCAUACUCGUAUUGCUGUACUUAUUUUUAUAUGUACAUGGUUAUCAAAUUGUUCAUUAGCGGUACAAACAUUCCUUUCAAUUGAAAAUACCAUUUUAUAUCUUAUUUCACAAAUAUGUGCUCAAUCAAUUGGAGAUGAUCGUGAAAUUCUUAUUCAAUCAUUAUGUUCACUCGCAUUAGGUUUAUGUUUACUUUUCAAUAAUAAUCAAAUAUCAUCAUAUUCAACUGAAUCACUUGAGAGAUUAAUAAAUGAACGUAUUGAUAUUGAUUUAUUCCAAGAAAAACUUGCAAUACUGUCAAAAUCUGAAUAUUAUGCAAAAGCUUUGCAAACACCACAACUGAAAUUAUCUAAAUCAACUGAUAUGAUACUUGAUUAUAAAUUCGCUCGUUUAUAUAAAACUCUUGAAGGUUCAAUAACACAUAUGUUAACAAGAAAUUCAAUAAGUUCAACAGAUAGAACUCUUAUUGAUCCUAUAUCAACAAAUCUUGAUGAACAACAAACGUCAACAAUGAUGAUACAUAAUGACUUAAUUCGACAACAGGCUGAACAAAUAAAUGUAUAUAAACAAGAAGAAAAACAACUUAUUCAAGAAUCUGAUAUGUAUGAAAAGAAAAUUAUAGAUUUAGAAGAACAAAUAGAAGAAAUCAAGGAUUGCCUUAUCUAA